GGAGAACAUGAACAUACUGGCAAAAUGAAGGUCCUUUUGCUCUUGGGAUUGGUGGCUGUUGCUCUCUGUGAGCCAACCAAAUUUGUGGGAGAUAAGGUCCUCCGUCUGACACCAGGAUCUGAGGAAGAUGUGACAAUCAUCAGGGAAAUAGGCCACAGAAUCAAGGUGGAUUUCUGGAAGCCUGACAGUCCUGACCUUGUGACCAUUGGCAUGAAUGUUGAUCUUCAUGUUCCUGCAGCCCAGCUUGACAUGGUCUUCACCAUUUUACAGCAGAGUGGCAUGGAAGUUAAGUAAG